UUUUCGGGACCAUUAUUUGAAUGUACUGUAGGCAAUUUUCUUAUUGAAUGGAGAAGGGUCCUAUUUAUUUCAUCGGAAUUUCCAUAAUUUUCUCUUAGAAGUCGGAUUGCCUCAUGAUAAGAAGCAUUGGUUAAAGGAAGGGAUUUUAUCAGUAAAUAUGCGGGUCCAUCUAAACAUUCCUUGAGAUAAUUAAAUUUAACGGCAUCGGAAAGAUCUGGAAUGUCGUGGACACCAACUUUAAAUGAGUUCCAAAAGGAAGUAAAUUCAACACAUUUUCCAUUAAAUUUGGGGAGUGAGAGCUUCGGGAGAUGAAAAUGUGUAUUUGUGAUUUGGGAGGGGUCGGGAAGAGCUUCUGUUAAUUUAGCCUUUUCGGAAAGGAGUUUACGGGAAUAUCUUUUUAAAUCUCUGAGUUUAUUAAGGAAUGGGGUUUCUGUAGUAAAUGCUUCGUAUAUUGGGGUGUCGGCUUGGCGCUCUGCGCCUGUCAUACUGGUACGAAUGCUCAUCCAUUUUUCAUGGGCUGAGGUUAUAUCUGUAAUUGUUUCGGAUACAUGUCCUAAUUCUAAUUCGAGGGAUGUAAUGAGGGAGCGAAUGUUUGCACGGUGGAGGGAAAUGCUCCCUAUUUGUUCGGGGAGAUUAAAUUCUUUUUUAUUAUUUAAAAUUUCGGUAGCGUCCUCGGCGAGGAGCCGCAAUGCAUUGCGGAAAGGUGCUGACAUUUUUCGGGUUUUCGAACCGGCUGAGCUGUAGGA